CAAGAGCAAAACUAACGACAGCGGAAUCAUCAUGUCUAUGGCUUCUCAGAUCAAGUCUUUCGUCCUCGGUCUUCCGUACUUGAUCGGGUUUAUGUUCAACCUUCCCCUCCUCAAUCGACUCUCUCCGUCUCCACUGCUAGGCAAUAAAAAUUCAGCUGGUCUGAAGAAGCGGUUGAUAUGCCAUGUCGUCGACGAGCUGGCACUGAACAAACCGGAGCAGCUCUUUUGCGUGCAUCCCAUCUCGAAUGACCUAGCCCAGGGAUGGCGUCAUAUCUCCAUGAAAGAUCUUGCAGACGCCGUCAACUACACAGCCUGGUGGAUUGAGAAGACGAUUGGCGUUGGAACAGGGGCAGAGCCUAUAACGUAUAUCGGCACAAAUGAUGCUCGUUAUGUGGCAUUCUUCCUAGCAUGCCUGAAAACUGGUCAUGUAGCACUCCUACUCUCUCCCAGAAACUCGACGGCCGCGUCGCUGCAUAUUCUCGGUGCGACGAGAUGCUCCAAGAUUGUGUACAGCGAUAGUCGACGCAAGUUUGUUGGUCAGCUACAAGAUGCAGACGUGGGCAUCCGUUCGUGGGAGAUGCCUGAUCUGUGGAAGGUCUUUGGUCAGAAGAGUGCAGUCUAUCCAUUCACGGCAAGAUAUGACGAUGUGGAGGAUCAGGCGGCUGUUAUCAUCCAUAGUUCUGGCUCGACUGGUCUGCCCAAACCGGUGUAUCUCACCAACGGAUUCUUUGCAGUUAUCGACAGAUUCGACCAGAUCCCAACACCAGCAGGCCGACAGAGUGCGGUGCUUAACACGGCGAUGCCCGGACAGUCUGUCUUCAGCAUGUCGCCAAUGUUCCAUAUCAUUGGCCUCUAUGUGUGCACGGUGCCCAUAUUCCAUGGCAAGCCCAUUGUGCUGAGCCCAGAGAGACCGAUGACGGAUGCUUUGCUCACCGAGAUUGUCGAUGUCACCAAGCCCGAUGGCGCAAUUCUCACGCCCUCUGUCAUUGAAGACAUUAUCUCGUCAGAGCAGGGCAAGGAUACUUUAACUAGCUUCAAAGGAAUCUUCUACGGUGGCGCCCCGUUCUCCCCUGGCGUUGGCGAUUGGUUGCAGCAACACGUCCCGAUUUACUCCAUCUUUGGCUCCAGCGAAAGUGGGUAUAUCGGCUGUUAUACCCCACUUGACAGCGAAGACUGGCAGUAUCAUGAAUGGAAUCCUCUUCUAGGAGCCAAGAUGGAGGACAUUGGAGAUGGAGUAUACGAGUUGGUCAUGCACAGGGACGGCAACCGGGAUUUCAAAGGCAUCUUCCACACCUUCCCAGAUAUCCAGCAGUAUCGAAUCAAGGAUCUGUUCGUGGCCCAUCCCAGCAAGCCCGGUCUGUGGAAAUACUACGGCAGAAGCGACGAUGUGAUUGUGCUGAGCAAUGGGGAAAAGUUCAAUCCGAUCGACAUGGAAAAGGCUAUCGAGAGAGAUCCGUUGGUGGCGAAAUGCCUCAUCGUCGGCCAGGAACGGUUCCAAUCAGCUCUGCUCGUGCAGGUUGACUGGCAGCAAGUUGGCAGCGAAGACAGUGAUUCUAUCAUUGGGAGAAUCUGGCCUGCCGUGGAAAAAGCAAAUCGAACGGCCCCUGGACACGCGAAGAUAUUGAAGACGAAGAUCAAACUGGUUGCGGAGUCCAAGCCAUUCACGCUGACUGCCAAAGGGUCAAUCCAGCGGAGACAAGUGGCCAGGGACUAUGCCGACGACAUUGAGGCUGUGUAUUCGCAGGUUGAUGAAGAGACCACUGCUUUGCCUGCGGCGGCGACAUUCAACGAGAUCAAGGAAUACAUCAAUGCCACUGUAUCUCGACUACUCUCUGUAGAGCACGUCAGCAAUAGCAGUGACAUAUUCUCCCUGGGAAUCGACUCGCUGCAGACUCUGCAACUCGGCAAGAUUCUACAAGGCGCUGUUCGUUUCUCAAAACCAGAAAGCAGCUACCAGAGUAUCACCAUCCAGAAGCUAUACUCAUUAUCAACAAUCGAUGAGCUAUCCGGAUAUGUAUACCAGGUGAUCUAUGGUGGUCCGAGUUUCGUCCAUGAGAAACACGCAGAUGCACUCCGAACAGAGCGGGUUGCUGCAAUGGUGAGCAAGUACACCAUUGACUUGCCAAAGAGGAAGGCACAGCAUUUCAAGCGGGCACGAACCAGCACCGUGAUUCUGACCGGUUCGACUGGGUCGUUGGGCAACUAUAUUCUCAGGGAACUGCUGAACGAGCCCUCCAUCCUCAAGAUAUACUGUCUCAACCGCUCUGGAGAUGCAAAACAGAGGCAGUUCCAGAGCUUCAAAGAGAAGGGGCUGACCGUUGAUGGCUUGGACUCGCGGGUUGAGUUCCUUCAGGCCCAAUUCGGAUCGGUGCAGCUGGGCCUGUCUGAUCAGAGGUAUACAGAACUGCAGCAGUCGGUGGACCUGAUCAUCCACAAUGCAUGGAAGGUCAACUUCAACCAUCGCGUUGAGGCCUUCGAAAACCCUCAUAUCCACGGCGUGCGUCAUCUGGUUGACCUCUGCCUGGCCAGUUCAAAUGCGCCCCAUCUCCAUUUCAUCUCGUCCAUCUCGACCGUCGGUAACUGGACUUCCAAGCACAGCCAGUCCAUUCCAGAAGCCACUCUCGACAGCCCCGAUGUCACGAUGCAGCAAGGAUAUGGAGAGUCCAAGUAUCUCGCAGAGCAGAUCUGCGCCGCUGCCUCGUCGGCCUCCGGGGUUCCCACUAGCAUCCAUCGAGUUGGGCAGAUCGGGGGUCCAACGACAGCAAAGGGAGUCUGGAACCGACAGGAAUGGCUGCCGUCGAUGAUUGCCACGUCGAAGACACUUGGGAAGAUCCCAAAGACGCUCGGAAAUACGUUGGUUGACUGGACUCCGGUGGAUGAUGCAGCCAGAAUCAUCGUUGACAUCACUCAAUCCCGACGCAGCAACGAGCAUUCCAGGCGAGCGGCUGUUUUCCAUCUUGUGAAUCCCAAUGCCACGACUUGGGAGUCGCUGAUCCCAGCUGUACAGAAGUUUUACCCAGUCGAGCCAGUUGACCUGAAGGACUGGGUUAUAGCUCUAGAAUCUUUCAACAAUCCCACCAAUGUCGAUCUCCUGACCAAGCCAGCGCUGAAGAUCAUCGAGUUUUACCAGGAGCUGCUGAGCGCGGAGGAUGUCCUCGUGGCAGAAACAAGACAAACCCAGGCUGCCAGCAAGACGAUGCGUGCCAUUAGGCCAGUCGAUGCAUCAUUGAUGGAGACUUGGUUGAAGCAGUGGAGUUUUUGAUUUGUGAAUUGGUAUCAAGUUGGUAGUAUUUAUGGAUAAUGUCUUAUGCGAUGCUCUUCAUUCAUGGCACUCGCUGUGGUAAUAUCUACAAAUCAUUAGUAGAGCCUAGUCACGACAAAUGAGAGCAUAGCUGAUCGGACAUGUUGGGUAGUGUAGAUAUAUAUUUCGGUGGAGUGCAACAAGACAAUAAUCUAUUCGAGAAACGCGAGCAAGGGGAGGCAGCAAUAAAGAACAAUUUCAGUGAUAAAUAUUUGAGCCUUUCGUCUUUCCGCUAACCUGGAGUCUAUUUUCAG